AUGGCUUCCGGGUUCUUCUCGCGAAGCAAGCAUAAGAGCAGCUCCAGCGACCGGCGCGACGACAAUGACUCUGUAUCCGUUCAUUCCAUACCUCGAUCUCGGCAUGGCAGGGAAUCAUCCAUCAUCUCGGUCGAUCGUCCCAGCUCGUCCUCGUCAGAGUUCGCUGGUGGCUUGCCGUACGACGCCACGAACCGGGACGGACGCAACCCUGUAGCUGUCGAUUAUCUCCCUCGUCCUGACCAGAUGCCUGUCCGACGAGAUCCCCUCCCACACCAGAUGAACAGAGCUACCGGUGAUUAUCAGCAAUAUCUCACAGCAGAUGCCCAUGGCUAUGCACACAUGUCUGCUGGCUCGCAUCUCUCUGGGCCCCGGCCGCCACCAGGCACCUCGAAUGUGACAAUGGCAUCGACCGGGCAGCGCAACACCCAAUUUCAGCAAUGGGGCCCAUCCAACGGACAAACGCCCCGAGGCAGCACAAUCAGUGGCGUGAGCACUCAGAAUGGUCAAUUUACCGAGAGGUCCGACUCGCUGGCCUAUUCCAACUGGUCGGCGAGCCGACUUCACAGAGAAAGCGAUCAAUCCAGCGUAUUUUCAGGUAAUGGAGGACCCCUAGAUUCUGCGACAACCCCACGCUCAUCGAGACUACCAGCCCUACCCAGCGCGACUUCCCAGAGCUCAUUCAAUUCGAACCUGUCCGCGAGGGACUCGCAUCGUUUGACAAAACUCCCAGGCCCCACGUAUUCCCCAGAUCGUGUGUCGAAUGCGAAUAGUGCCGGAUCCGACGCAGACCGGCUAGCCAGACCCGCUGACGAUCGAGUGACUGAACAAAUGUUCUACGAGUUAAUGCAGAAGCGAGGAUGGCACAACUUGCCCGAGCAAGCCAAGCGUCAAAUGGUUGCAUACCCAACUGCGAAAAAAUGGACGCUCAUCUACCAGGAUCGUUUGACCGAAAUGCAGGGAGAACAAAAAAGGAGACAAGUAGCAAAAGUGAACAACCAAUAUUCGGCCGUCGAUGUUGCCCCCAUCUCCUCCUCCGAUGAGGAAGGCUCCCCCGAGUGGUACGUUCGCAAAGUCAUGGAUAACAGUCUUGACACAAAAGGCCUGGGUAGUCUGGAAGUCAACCUGCGAACUCAACAGAUUGGCUGGGUAAAGCGAUUUAUUGAGUGCCAGGGUCAGAUAGCACUGACAACACUUCUCUUGAAAAUCAAUCGUAAAACCGCCGUAGGACCUGCGGCUCCAUCCGACCACAAAACAAGCGAGAAGAAUCUCGACAAGGAAUACGAUAUAGUCAAAUGUCUCAAGGCAUUGCUUAACAACAAGUACGGUGCCGAUGAUGCGCUCGCCCACCAGCAGGUCAUUGUGUCUUUGGCGACAUCACUUAUUUCACCUCGCUUAACCACAAGAAAACUCGUCAGCGAUGUUCUCACCUUUUUGUGUCACUGGGAAGAUGGCGAUGGCCAUAUGAAGGUCAUUCAGGCGAUGGACGCCGUCAAGACCCAACAGAACGAGAAUGGACGAUUUGACGCAUGGAUGCGCCUUGUUGAGGUCACUGUCGAUGGCCGAGGCAAGAUGGGAAGUCUGGUCGGCGCCAGCGAAGAAGUCCGCAGUGGUGGAAUCGGCAUGGAGAACCUGCUCAUGGAAUACGCCGUCGCUACCCUCAUCCUCAUCAAUAUGAUCGUUGAUGCUCCAGAAAGGGAUCUCACACUGAGGAUGCAUCUCCGGGCACAAUUUGGUGCUUGUGGAAUCAAGAGGAUUCUCACCAAGAUGGAGGCCUUCCAGUAUGACCUGAUUGACAAGCAGGUGGAGCGGUAUCGUACCAAUGAAGCUAUUGACUACGAAGACGUGCUCGAACGGGAGGGCAGUAGUAUGAAGGACAACAUCGAGGGUGAUGUCAAGGAUCUCAAUGAUCCCGUUCAAAUCGUCGAUGCUAUUCAACAACGAAUCCUAGGCACAAAAACUCAGGACUACUUCAUUUCGGCAUUGCAGCAUUUGCUACUCAUCCGAGAAAAUGAAGGCGAAGAGAGGUUACGCAUGUUCCAACUGGUGGACUCCAUGCUCAGCUAUGUGGCCAUGGACAGGAGGCUUCCCAACAUGGACCUCAAGCAGAGCUUGAACUUUACCGUGCAGAAUCUGCUGGACAAGUUACAUACUGAUUCAGAGGCACGGCAAGCUCAAGAUGAGGCCCUGGAAAGCCGGCAGAUUGCCGAUGCAGCCAUGGCUGAGCGGGACGACAUGAGAGCCAAACUGGAGCUGGGUGCCGACGGUCUUGUUGCCCAGAUGCAGAAGCAACUUGACGAACAAGCCAGAUUCAUCGAGGCACAGAGACGGCAAGCUGAUGGCCUCAAGGCCGAGCUUGAGAAUAUGCAGACAGUUCGUGCAAAGGAGGCUCAGCGUUAUGAGCUCGAGACCAGAGAACUGUAUCUCAUGCUACGGGACGCCCAAGAUGUUGCUGCUUCCCAGGCUGCUAAGGGCAGUAGUGAUAACAAGCCAGGAGCACCUUCGGAAGAUCCCGUACGCAUGCAAGGCAUUCUGGAUCGGCAACGUCUCAUGGAACGGCUGCAAAUGCAGAUCGAAAGGCAAAAGACACAGUACAAGCUCGAGGGUAGAGUAUGGGGUGACACGGUUGGCCCAUCAGACCGCCUGCGCGCUCUACGUGAAGAAAUGGAUGGCUUCAGUGCACCAGAGGGCUCGGGAAUGCCGCCUGAAGGGUUCAGCAACAGUAUGCUGGGCGGUGUGCUUGGUGCUGUCAACCGGCAGACUAGGAUACCUAGGAAGCCGGUACAAGACCGGGCUGAAACGAUUCCUGAAAGCGAUGACGACGAGGAGGGCAUUGUCUAUGAGAAGCCGAGACUCGUCGAAUUCAAGAGACCAGUCAUGGACCCGAGACAGGCCAGCAAUCUCAUGUCUGAAAUCCAAGCAAAGGGCAAGAAAUAUGAUGCUAGCGACUCGGAAGAUGGCGAUGAUGUCACUACAGCUCCCUCUCAUCCCAGCAUGGAAUCUCAAUCUCCCAUCACCCCAAGCGACCCGGACGCGCCCAAGGCUCAGGCUACCGGGACUGGUGCCGCUCCGCCGCCGCCGCCUCCUCCACCACCUCCGAUGCCCGGUGCACUUGCAGGAGCACCUCCCCCAGCGCCUCCAAUGCCGGGCGCGCUACCGGGUGCGCCGCCGCCGCCACCUCCUCCUCCACCUCUACCUGGUCAACUCACUGGUGGCCCUCCGCCGCCGCCGCCUCCUCCUCCUCUGCCCGGUUCAGUACCUGGUGGUCCUCCUCCUCCGCCGCCUCCACCACCCCUACCUGGCUCCGGUGGACCUCCGCCACCACCUCCACCGCCGCCUAUGCCGGGCGGUGUUCCUGGAGGGCCACCACCUCCUCCUCCUCCAAUGCCUGGUGCCAUGUCUGGUCACUUCUUAUCAGCGCAAAGCAAUCUCCCUGCAGCGCCGUCCAUUGGCUUGCCCAUUGUGCGGCCCAAGAAGAAGCUCAAGAACAUUCAUUGGGAGAAGGUUGACGCACCGGAGGCCAGUCACUGGGCUGCACAUGCACCCACCGCGGAAGAAAGAGAGGAGAAGUACAUUGAGCUCAGCAAGAAGGGUAUUCUUGAUGAAGUCGAGAAACUAUUCAUGGCCAAGGAGAUCAAGAAGAUUGGCAUGGGAGGUUCCAAGAAAGACGACAAGAAGCAGAUCAUAUCUGGAGAUCUGCGAAAAGCCUACGCUAUUGCUCUUUCCAAAUUUUCGCAGUUUUCUGUCGAAAAGAUCGCGCAAAUGAUUAUUCACUGUGACAAGGAUGUUCUUGACAAUCCUGUAGUCAUGGAUUUCCUGCAGAAGGACGACUUGUGCAUUAUUCCCGACAGCACGUCGAGACAAAUGGCACCUUACAGCAAGGACUGGACGGGACCCAAUGCCAGUAAAGAAGAUCGGGAGCAAGAUCCAAACGAGCUUACUAGAGAGGAUCAGAUCUAUCUUCACACAGCCUUUGAAUUACAUUAUUACUGGAAGAGUAGGAUGCGUGCUCUGGCUCUUACAAAGAGCUUCGAGUCCGACUAUGACGAGAUCAACGAGAAGAUCCGGCAAGUCGUCGAGGUCUCCGAGUCUCUACGAGACUCCGUGUCGCUGAUGAACGUUCUGGGCCUUAUCUUGGAUAUCGGUAACUACAUGAACGAUGCAAACAAGCAGGCACGCGGUUUCAAGCUCAGUUCGCUCGCCCGUCUUGGCAUGGUCAAAGAUGACAAGAACGAGUCUACUCUUGCGGAUAUGGUCGAGCGUAUUGUUCGCAAUCAGUAUCCUGAAUGGGAGGGUUUCACUGUGGACAUCCAGUCUGUCAUUUCGGUGCAAAAGAUCAACGUCGAGCAGCUUCAGUCUGAUGCGAAGAAGUAUAUUGACAACAUCAAGAACGUACAAAUGUCGCUCGACAGUGGCAACUUGUCCGACCCUAAGAAGUUCCACCCACAAGACCGUGUCAGCCAAAUCGUACAGCGCUGCAUGAAGGACGCGCGGCGAAAGGCUGAGCAGAUGAGUCUCUAUCUCGAGGAGAUGGUCAAGACUUACAACGAUAUCAUGGUAUUUUACGGCGAAGAUCCUGCUGAUGAGGGCGCUCGUCGCGACUUCUUUGCCAAACUGGCUCUUUUCCUUAAUGAGUGGAAGAAGUCUCGUGACAAGAACGUGACUAUGGAGGAGACGAGACGCAGAAAUGAAGCCAGCAUGAAACGCAAGCACGCCGCUCAGCUCAAGAUCAAUGCGGUCAAUGCCGAGGUUGGCGGCGCACCCGCGAGCCCAGCAAGUGCCGGCGCCAUGGACAGCUUGCUCGAGAAGCUGCGCGCUGCCGCUCCCCAGGCGAGAGAUCAGCGCGACCGCAGGCGGAGAGCGCGUCUCAAGGACCGACACCAGGUUCGCGUCGCCAGUGGGCAGAAAAUUCCAGACGUCAACGAGAUCCCAGAUGUCGAAACUGCAGGCCUGCGAUCGGAUGGCACUAGUGCCGCUGAUACAAACGAAGGACCUACUAGCCCUGGACUUUUGUCACCAGACUCUGCCGAUGUGGCCAUGGCUGAAGCAGCUGAAGACAGUCUGAGUUCCCGGGCGGAGAUGCUGCUUCGCGACAUGCGCAGCGGUGGGGACGGAGCUGAGGAGGGUGGAGAGAACAGCAGCAACAUGCGUCGCAAUGCAGCCGAAGAAAGGCGAGCCAGGCGGAGAAGAUUGAAGAGUGGAAGUACCGCAAGCGCCGGAGAUGCGCCAGUCGAUGGAGAGGCACCCAAAAGCCCACCACCCACCGAAGAAGUACCACCAGUACCAACUGUUGCGGUGACCGAUGCGGAUGGCUGA